AAUCUGUGGAGCUUAGUUCUGUGCCGGGAGGGGAUUCUUCCCAUUUGGGCAUCGGAGUGUGGCCCAGCUGCAGGAGAGCCUGCAGAGUUCCGUGUGGUUGAGCCGUGCAGCGCAAGGUGUACGUUUCUAGAGCCGCCCCUCUUGCAGGUUUGCACCCUAAAAGAUGUGGAGUGGGCUGCUACCUCCUGGCCUAAAUGAAAGUGAUGUUGAAUUGAAUUCUGACGAUGAUACCACAUUAGAGAGCUCUGAACAUAACUUACAAGAGGGUGAAGAAGAUGGGACCUUUAAAAAGACAGAGAUCGUAGAUAUUCCUACAGAUGGACCAAACACUGAAGCAGAGGCAAAUAUAAAUGCAUAUGAAGAGUGUCCCUCUGGAAUCCCCUUGAAUAUGUGGAAUAAAUUUCAAGAAUUGCAUAAAAAGCAUUCUGAACAGAAAACUUCAGCUUCUAGAUCCGAAAAGAAAAAAAGAAAACGCUCCAGAAAAGGCAAAUUGAAGAAUGAAGAAGAAUCUCAUAGUGAACAGUCUUCAAGUGAAACCCAGUGGAAGGAGCUUACCCAGUAUUUUGGAGUCAAUGAGAGAUUUGACCCCCCUGUUAAAAGGAAAAAAGUUGAAAAGUCGGGACUUGAAAAGAGGAUAGACCAAGCUGUGGAAGAGUGGAACAUUGAAAAGGCCGAGGAACUCAGCAACCAGCUAGCCACUCGCGAGCUUGGUGUAAAAAUUGCCAAAGCUAUUGCCUGCCACAACUUUGUGAAAGCCAAAAAGGAGGCUGAAAAUUCACAGGUUGCACGAAAAAAGAAGAAACUUGCCUGGGGAUUUGAAGCAAAGAAGAGGUGGGAAACCAAAAGCAACAUGGGAUAUAUGUGACUUGCCAGAGUUCUUCAAGACCUUUGAGGCUUCACUCGAGUCUUCAGUUGCUCAAUUUACUACAAAAGAUUUUCCUGCUUAUGUUAACUAUGUCAGAAAAUUGAUGGAAAUAGAAAAAAUCAGCAUAAAAUCUGGGAGUUGGUUAUCAAAUCGUUUUUCAGUCUUUUUCUAAAGAGUCCGUCCCAUUGAAGUGAGUGAAAUGGACUAUCCCGUUAUUUGUGCAAGUAAUCUAAGCGUAUAUAGUGGGGGGGGGGGGGGGAGGGUUUUGUCUAUUUAUUUGUGUAGACCUCCAGCAUAAAAUCAGUUUUGCUCUUCCUCCGUUGCUGGAGCCGAGCCGGUGAGCUCCUUGUUCUUUCUUAUCUGCACUCAGUGUGACUGCACUCACUCUGGAGCUGUUUUUAAGAUGGGCAUUUGUUUAUGAUGGAUUAGUCGUAAGUGCAAGAAAGAACCUGUGUUUACAGAUGCCUUUAUCUUAAUGUUACAAAAGUAAUUAUCAGUUCUUUAUUGUAGGCAGCAGAGUUGAUAUUUCAUAGUAACAUAAUAAAGGCAGUUGAUUAA